UAGGAAUGUAGUUGAGUAAAAGUUGUCAAUCAUAAAUAAAGUACAGAUACACCAAAAAACGACUUCAGUUGUAUUUUUACUUAAGUACUUUACACAACUGCAUGCCAGUCUUUAGGGUAGUAUUUUGUCUAGUAAUGUAACACUUUCACCACCAGAAUGCAGUGUAGGACCGAACAAAAAGUGCCCCCUUGGGAUAGCCCGUGAUGACAUCAAAAGAAAUGCGAGGCAUUCACUCUCGGUUACGUAUUUUAUUAUUGAAUCAAAGUAUUUCAAUCUCGAUAAUCAUAGGUGAUGGUGAUGUUGACACUGGCAUUUGAAUAGGCAAUAUAGGCAUUACCACAAAUGCGCGUUUGGACACCUUUUGUAAACAUUCAAACAACGAUAAUACUGAUACAACCUCUGAUGAGAUUGAAAGGUAGGGAACUAACGUUAAUUUCGAUAUCACAGUAGAGAUUUAAACACGGAAGUCGGAGUCUCAGAACAUAACCGUCGGAACUAGAUGUUAUGACAUAGUUGCAGCAUCCAUCCACUGUGCGCUUUUACGCAAUCCUCCUGUUGGCCUUCGGCACAGUAUGACCGUGGCAUCAGAGGCGUAGAACGGAGUUUACCAUGCGCUCUCCUCUCAGGCUUGACUGACUACAUGAUUUACGAGAUGAGGGCUGUUUUCUGGGGAGUACUCCUCGCCUGUGUGGACUGGAGUCGGGGCCAGGAGACUCACUCAUUCGAUGGCGACGUCCGCGACUUUGCCAUUGGUGACAGCUCGGUAUACGUCGUUACGGAUGACUGACUCUUCCAGCUGAACCAUGAUUUUACCAAAGUUAUAAAGAGGGAUAAUCCGAACGUAGUUUAUCCUAACCAAGAAGUACCUCCUUCCGAUGAAACGUAUCCAUUUAAGGUAAACAUUUUAUUGCCAUUCAUAAAAAACAAGACAUUGAUCACCUGUGGAACCACAAAAUGCGGUUACUGUGAAAUACUGGAUCUCAACGAAAUCUCGAAAUCUGUGCAUUCGGUGGAUUUUGAAGUGGGUUCAUUGGACCCUGGAGAUUCAACCAUUGGCUUUAUUGUUGAUGUCGGGAAGAACUCCUACAUUAUGGCUGGAUGGUUGAAGAGCCGUGUGCGUAACGCGUGUGUCAAUUCAGGUCAGUUGCUUGUCCUACGGAAUACACUAGAAGGACAGAAGGGAGGAAUCUUUGUUGAUUCAGAUGAGAGUGCGACUCCGUAUAUUGACGCCAGACAAAAGGAGACGAUUCAGUUUGUGGACGGCUUUCAGAGAAAUUCACACAUCUACGUGUUCUCGAACAUUCCCAAAGAGCCUCAAGUUCGACUUAUUUGGUUCAAGAGCGAGAACAAUAAAGCAAAUACUUUGAAGUCCCUCGAAGGUGCGACACUCAAAUGCUGUGGAAUCACGGAGCGCCGGCGGCUCCUGUCUUCCUCUGUAAUUCAAGGUUCUGGUGGGCUCCAUGGGCAAGUGUUCUGGGCAGGUGUGUUCACGGCUGGUAACACAAGCGACCCCAUCAACACAAUGCUGGCCAUCUAUAACAUCAGCCCCUCUACAGAGCCUCAACUCAAGAACGAUGACCCAGACUUCUGCUAUGAAGACUGUGCAAAGCCAUCGGGAAAAGGUACCACCCCGGAGCUGCAGCCAGAGGCAGUGGUGUUUAAAUACAGCUCCAUGACAUCAGUGUUGGCAGUGAGACACAACUCCUGGCUGGUGUUCUUCAUCGGGACAGGAGACGGACAACUCAUCAAGCUUGCUGUAGACAAGGCCUACAAACCUGCCUGUCCCAGAGUGCUCUACAAGUCAGAUGACGACCGCCGUGUGUUUCCCAAGAUGCACCUGGAUCCAGUGGACCGCAAACAUGUGUACAUGGCACUGAGGAACCAGUUGAUGCGUGUGCCUGUGGCUCAGUGCAGUGAACACAAGAGUCUGAAGGACUGUUGGUCUGCUCAGGACCCCUUCUGUGGCUGGUGUGAGUCUGAGAACAGCAAGUCAAGAUGUUCGUUUCAGGAUGACUGCCUUCAGCCUUCAGCCUGGAUCUCCAUCUCUGAGGACUCCCAACAACAGAACAUGGUCUCUUACCAGGUGGAGAAGAGCAGCAGUGGAGAGAAGAUCACACUCACUGUCAAGGUCCACCUGAAUGUGCAUGGGACAGGAAGUCUCACCUUUACCUGCCACUUCUUCAUUACAAGAGGUGAUCUGUGUGACAGGACAAGCCCCGCUCCAGCGUUGCCUCGAUGCUCCUGCCUGUUCUCCAGCGACCAGCUUCCUGCUGAAGGUCUGGAUGUCACAGUGGAGAUAAGAGUGGGGAAGCAGAACCUUACUGAGAAACUGAUGCUCACUAACUGUUCAGACAUCACUGGACCACCUACCUCUGCCCUGUGUUCUCAGUGCAUGACAGCUGGAUGUAGCUGGAGUAAUGAUGCCUGCUCCUGGACACCCAGGUCUGCCAACUCAGACUCCAUACAGGACGUGUGCAGACUCAGCCAGUCAGGAAUGAACUACUCUGAGCCAGUGAUCGUCUCCAUAGUGCCCAGUGUCCUGUCCUUCCAUGGGAGAAACCACGCCCUGAUGACUGGGAAGAACCUCCAUCACGUGACUAGGGUUCGCAUCCAAGGGCACAUGGACUGCAGUCUCAAGGAGUCUCCAGUGUGGAACCACACUGGGUCCAGUCUGACGUUCCACAUCCCCAGUGGAGACAAAGGUUCUGUCAGUGUGUGUGCCGUGCUGCCAGACGGUCGCUGUCUGGGCAAGGCAACUGUCACCUAUGGGUCCUCACCAUCCUGCACUGGGCUAACACCAAGCACUACCUGGGCUAGUGGGAAGAGGAAGAUCAAGGUCCAAGGGUUCCAUCUGGAGUUUGUGGAGGGGGUUGUUCAUGACCACACCCCUCAGACCAUCCAAUCCAACUACAGCUCUGGGACUCUGUGGUACCACACACCUCCCUUUGAACACAUUAACCAGCCAGUCACGUCCACUGUGUUUCUGAGAGUGGCCAAUCAGACACUGGCCUGCUCAUCACAGCUCACCUACCAUCCCGACCCAGAAUUCACCAGCUAUACUGCAAUCAAGACAGGAAACGACCUGCAUGUCACCAUUGAGGUAUACACAUGUGCACGCAUGCAUGCACCCAUGCCUACACACAUACAUGCUCUCUCUCUUUUAUUUCAGAAAAGGGCUGACAAGUUGAACAUCGCCACAGAAGAGAUCUCAGUGUUGGUUGUUCAGGAGGAGAACCAGGAUGUAGAGUGUGCCAUGGACACCAUUGAGACGAGGAAUGGGACUGACUCUGUCAUCUGUGAGAUAAAGAACACUCCCAGCGCCAACAUCAAGUCAGUGAAGAUAAGAGUUGGCAAUGUCACAAUAAACCUUGAUUCAACACACACUCAACUGCUAAGACUCUUUCUGCUUAUAUCCAUCAUCAUUAUAGUCAUCGUUGUAUUCCUUAUCCUGCUGGGGAUUGCAAUGGCCAAACUUAUUAUUCAUUUCCGUGAUCUGCGUCACUGACUACGUCUGGAAGGAACCUGCAUUAUCUGAGGUCAACAUAGACUGUCCUUUGAGUCUUUGCAAGUUUGUUGGCAAGGUGGUUGACCUUACUCCAGUGUAAGUCGCCUUCUCCUCCAUCAUUAUUUUUGGAACAAAGAUGUCUUACAUUUUUGGAAAUUGGAUAAAAUACAAUGUACCUCUUCUAAAUUCUACAAAAUGUCAGCCUUUCUUUACUUGGGUAGAGACGCUAUCAUUCCUCCCCACUCAACAGUUAACUGCUAGCACUUGAUUUGCCUGUAAUUUAUAUUAAUGUUUGUAGUAUCCUGACUUAAUAUAAGACUGUAUACCACUGUCAUAUAUGUACCCUUUUUUGUUUUACCAUAUUAUAUUUUUAUGUAUAAAAUAACAUGCCUAUUCUAAAUCAAUUGCUGUUUACAUUAAAACUGUGAAACUAAGUUUCCUUUGUGAUUUCCCCAUUCAGGUGUGGUUUGUGCUAUUUGUAUAUUCAUGUAGCCUACAUAAUAGUGCAUAAGGCUAAUUUGAGAAAUAAUGUUACCAUCCUUCAAUGUGUGAAUCAAUCAGGCCAUCUGAACUGUUAUGUAAACAUGGUACAGGAUGUAAAACCUGAUUUGUAGCGGGUGAAACUUGUCGACCAGAGUCAUUUGACAUAAGCCUUAAAGCCCAAACUGUACAAAUUCCCAAUCAGACACUUUCCCUUACAUCCAGGUAUUUGGAGUCCCUAUAGGACAUACAGUUGAAGUCGGAAGUUUACAUAUGCUUAGGUUGGAGUCAUUAAAACUCGUUUUUCAACCACUCCACAAAUGUCUUGUUAACAAACUAUACUUUUGGAAAGUCGGUUAGGACAUUACUUCGUGCAUGGCACAAGUAAUUUUUCCAACAAUUGUUUACAGACAGAUUAUUUCACUUAUAAUUAAUUGUAUCACAAUUCCAGGGGGUCAGAAGUUUACAUACACUAAGUUGACUGUGCCUUUAAACAGCUUGGAACAUUUCCGAAAAUUAUGUCAUGGCUUUAGAAGCUUCUGAUAGGCUAAUUGACAUAAUUCGAGUCAAUUGGAGGUGUACCUGUGGAUGUAUUUCAAGGCCUAACUUCAAACUCAGUGCCUCAUGGGUGACAUCAUGGGAACAUCAUGGGAAAAUCAUGGGAAAAUUGAAGGAAAUCAGCCAAGAUCUCAGAACUCAGAAAUAAAAUUGUAGACCUCCACAAGUCUGAUUCAUCCUUGGGAGCAAUUUCCAAACACCUGAAGGUACCACGUUCAUCUGUACAAACAAUAGUACGCAAGUAUAAACACCAUGGGACCAAGCAGCCGUCAUACCGCUCAAGAAGGAGAUGCGUUCUGUCUCCUAGAGAUGAACGUACUUUGGUGCGAAAAGUGCAAAUCAUUCCCAGAACAACAGCAAAGGACCUUGUGAAGAUGAUGGAGGAAGCAGGUACAAAAGUAUCUAUAUCCACAAUAAAAACGAGUCCUAUAUCAACAAAAGCUAAAAGGCCACUCGGCAAGGAAGAUGCCACUGUUCCAAAACCGCCAUAAAAAUACCAGACUACAGUUUGCAACUGCAUAUGGGGACAAAGAUCGUACUUUUUGGAGAAAUGUCCUCUGGUCUGAUGAAACAAAAAUAGAACUGUUUGGCCAUAAUGACCAUUGUUAUGUUUGGAGGAAAAGGGGGGAUGCUUGCAAGCCGAAGAACACCAUCCCAACCAUGAAGCACGGGGAUGGCAGCAUCAUGUUGUGGGGUGCUUUGCUGCAGGAGGGACUGGUGCACUUCACAAAAUAGAUGGCAUCAUGAGGGAGGAAAAUGAUGUGGAUAUAUUGAAGCAACAUCUCAAGACAUCUGUCAGGAACUUAAAGCUUGGUCGCAAAUGGGUCUUACAAAUGGACAAUGACCCCAAGCAUACUUCCAAAGUUGUGGCAAAAUGGCUUAAGGACUACAAAGUCAAGGUAUUGGAGUGGCCAUCACAAAGCCCUGACCUCAAUCCUAAAGAAAAUGUGUGGGCAGAACUGAAACAGUGUGUGCAAGCAAGGAGGCCUACAAACCUGAUUCAGUUACACCAGCUCUGUCAGGAGGAAUGGGCCAAAAUUCACCCAACAUAUUGUGGGAAGCUUGUGGAAGGCUACCUGAAACGUUUGACCCAAGUUAAACAAUUUAAAGGCAAUGCUACCAAAUACUAAUUGAGCAUAUAUAAACUUCUGACCCACUGGGAAUGUGAUGAAAUAAAUAAAAGUUGAAAUAAAUCAUUCUCUCUACUAUUAUUCUGGCAUUUCACAUUCUUUAAAAAAAAGUGUUGAUCCUAACUGACCUAAAACAAGGAAUGUUUACUAGGAUUAAAGUCAGGAAUUGUGAAAAACUGAGUUUAAAUGUAUUUGGCUAAGGUGUAUGUAAACUUCCGACUUCAACUGUACCAACUCAGUGGCCUUGAGGUUAGUGUCUGCCCAGAGAUUGGGAGUUUGAUCCCCAGCUGAGUCAUACCAUAGACACUCAUAAUUAAGGAGAUCAUUUGGGAAGGCCCUGCGAUAGACUAGAGUCCUGUCUAGGGGGUGUACGUGUACAUUAAGCUGCUUCACGCUACAGAAACAGGAUAUCCUGUUCCUAUGAGCUGUUCCGGCUCGCAGAAGCCAAGGCUUGUACAAGGCUACUUACUUAUAGGACCUUGUGGAGAGUUGGACCAGUGUGAGCUCUAUGACCCCAAUCUAGAGAGCGCUGAGAGGGAUGCCAUGGGCCCAUUCUCAACAUUGAGUCCCGUAUCAAGUGAUGCAGACUAUGAGUGCUGAUAUUUUUGAGUAGCUUGAUCCAUACGGUUCCAGGUGGUUUAACAUGAAGACAGAGAAGCAUAAGAGGCCACUUGCAGUAGGCAUGACCAGGGAUGUUCUCUUGGUAAGUGCGUGAAUUGGACCAUUUUCCUGUCCUGCUAGGCAUUCAAAAUGUAAUGAGUACUUUUGGGCAUCAGGGAAAAUGUAUGGAGUAAAAAGUAUUAUUUUCUUUAGGAAUGUAGUUGAGUAAAAGUUGUCAAACAUAA